CCCAGCCUGAGGAGGAGGAGGAGGAGGAGAACCAGCCUGAGGAGGAGGAGGAGGAGGAGGAGGAGACCCAGCCUGAUGAGAUGGAGAGCCAGGAAAGUGACCUGAAGGAACAAGAGGAGAAACAACCUGGAGAGGAUAGCGUGAGCCGGUGUGACGACCAGGAGGGGAGAAAACAGGGCUCCAGUGAUAACAAAACAGAUGAGGAUGAGGAGGACCAAGACAGGCCUCAGAAGAAACCUGCUCGUAGGGGAAGGCCCUCGAAGGGAGCAACAUCAACGUCAGAGGAACCAGAAAAUACCGUAUCUGAGAAGACCGACAAAAAGCCAGACAAGAAAGAGAGCGAACAAAAAGAGGAAGAUGAGGAGAAAGAGACUCCCAAAACCAGAACUGCGACUCGAGCUGCUGUUCGCCUUGAGGCUGAGAGGAACAAACCAAGGAAACCUUCCACCCGAGCUCGGGGUGAAGAGGAGAACACAGCAAACACACGUGGGACGAGAGGACAGGUCUCUGUGCCAGCCAAGGCAGUGGGGCGUAAACGUGAAGCUAGCCCCCCAGCAGUGCGUACCAGAGGUGGACAAAAAUCUGAGGAGCCCCCUUCCAAAAGGACCAAGCGAUAAACAAAUACCGGGUUUCCCCAAGCCCAGGUAUUAGAAUAUUCACAGCGCUGUUGACAUAUUAUUUGACUUUUGAAUGCUUCUUUGUUUUUAGCAACACUUCACAUAAUACAUACCGGUACAUAUUUUCAAGUAUUAGUUUGAACCCCACCCCUCUAUUCAAGCCUGUGGAUGUGUUGGAUAGGAAUAUUUGGGGAUGGUAUGACAGUAUGGUCUAGCAGUGGUGGUUCACCAAACAUUCACCUAACCUGGAUUUAGCUCAUGGUGCUUUCCAUUUCUAUACAGUAUUAUAGACCCUUCACCAUGGGCCCAUAUGUUUUAGAUUGCACUGGUCAUUUAAAGAUGUUAGCUAAUAAUACCUCAUGAAACAGAGCAUUAGAGACCAAUCAUAGGUCUUAUGUGGAGAGGCUCAUUUACUUUAAUCCUAGGAGAGGUUACUGGAAAUUCUUUGUCACUGACAAAUCGACUUCUGUCUUUGUUGGUCACUCCAAGGAUUUGCCGUUCCUACAUCACGUUCAAAGGUUUUAUAUUUCUUUGACCUAUAGAUCCAUAUAGAUAUCAUUCAUAUAGAUUUUUAUAGAGCUAUUAACCUGGGUAUAGUCUCACAAGUGCUUUCACAAUUUGUUAUGUUUUUGCUCAUUGUUUCCGUAUCCAGAAGCCUCUUCCUGUUACUGGACUUGAACAUGGAAGUAUCCAUUCUAUGAAUGUAAAGGAUGCGUUUGUCUUCUCCCUGUGUUUUUUUUUCUAUGUUAUUUUGUUUUUUACUACACAGAUCCGUCUGUGCUCCUAACUACUUUCCCCAUUUAAGUGAUUUCUAGUUUUGCUUAUGCCCUGUUGUCAGUAUUGGAAGAGAUUAAAUUCCUUUCAAAUGGUGAA